ACGGUUGUUACCGGACCAGUCUUAGCAGUUCAUUUGCAUCGUUGCAGGUGCUAUGCUUUGUUUUUCGUUGAAUGUUCGUUCCGUUUUUAUUCCUCAGUUACCUCUCCACCCCACCAAUCGCUCCUCACAAUUUAUUUUUCUUCGUUUUUGCAUCCCUUCAUGGCAGACAACACCUUCCACCACAGCUUCUUUCACCACACAACCACCCAGCAAAAAUCGCCAUCAAAACCGGUACGCAUCCCCCAGACAAGCAUACAGGCCGUCCAAAACCAUCCGGCCAAAAACAAAUCGUCCGAAAAGGUAACAAUAUUCGGUUACUCCGCUGCCAACCACCAAAACGUAAUAGCGCUCGUAAAACGCUGUGGCAACGUAACGGACAUCGAGUACAACAGCAAUUACAUGAGAAUUAGCUAUGAUGAUGAGUGUGGGUACGAGCGAUUGAUGGAGUACAAUAGGAAGAUGGUGGGUGGAGAGAUGGUAGGGGUGUUUCGAGAGCGAUGGGGGGCUGUUGGUGAGUGCUUUGUCAGGAAAAAAGGAGUUUUGGUGAAGAUUAUUGAGUAUUUGUUUGGGAGCGGGUGAUUGGGCGCGAAGUGUGGGAUGAGGAGCGUGGUGUAGAGCAUUGUGUACGGAUCGUAUUUUGUUGUGGUGUAGGAAAAAUAAUGGCUGUGGUACUGAUUAGUGCGGUGUGAUGGAUUCAGUAAAUUAUGUGGCACAUGAUGGGAACGCUCCUUGGGUACGGCUGUGCUUAGCGGAGCAUUUAAAUAAAAGGAUUUGUGUACGAGGUAAUGCGGCGGGAUGAAG